GCGACGGCUACCACCCGUGGAUUAGACUGCCACGUGUACGCCACAGCUCCCAUCGCCACCAACGAUCUUCCAAAACGGAGAGACAGAGUAGUAAAGGCAUUCACAGACACGAAGACGAAGAGGAGAAGAGAAGAGGAGAAGGGGAGACGCAGACAGGAGAGGGAAGUCAUGGCCAUCGGCGACGGGAAGGAGUUCAAGCUUGUGGGCUUCAAGAACUUCGUCCGGACGAACCCCCGGUCUGACCGGUUCGCCGUCAAGCGGUUCCACCAUGUCGAGUUCUGGUGCGGCGACACAUCCACCACCGCCGCCCGCUUCUCCUGGGGACUCGGCAUGAGCCCUAUCGCCCGCUCCGACCUCUCCACCGGCAACCCAUUCUUUGCCUCCACCGUCCUUCGUUCCGGCGACCUCGUUUUCGCCUUCACCGCGCCUUACUCCCCCACCAUCUCUGCCGACGCCGCUUCCCCCUGCCCGCUCCCUUCCUUCUCCGCCGCCGCCGCUAACCGCUUCCUCGCUUCCCACGGCCUCGGCGUUCGCGCCGUCGGGCUCCUCGUAGACGACGCCGCUCACGCCUACGCAGCGUCCGUGGCAGCCGGCGCACGCUCGGCGUCCCCGCCGGCGGACAUCGGCGGCGCUACCGUGUCGGAGGUGGAGCUCUACGGAGACGUGGUCCUCCGGUUCGUCAGCACGGAACCGGAUUUCACGGGGCCGUUUCUGCCCGGGUACGAGGCGUUCGAACCCGAGGUGCGGCUGGACUACGGGCUGAACCGGCUGGACCACGCCGUCGGGAACGUCCCGAACCUGGUCGAGGCGGUGCGGUACGUGGCGGGGUUCACGGGGUUCCACGAAUUCGCGGAGUUCACGGCGGAGGACGUCGGCACGGCGGAGAGCGGACUCAACUCGAUGGUGCUGGCCAACAACGAGGAGACGGUCCUCUUGCCGAUGAACGAACCGGUUUUCGGGACGAAGCGGCGGUCCCAGAUCCAGACCUACCUGGAGCACAACGAAGGUGCGGGUCUGCAGCACCUGGCAAUCGGCAGCUCCGACAUAUUCCGGACGCUGAGGGAGAUGAGGAAGCGGAGCUUCAUCGGCGGCUUCGAGUUCAUGCCGCCGGCGCCUCCGACGUACUACCGGAACCUUAAGAACCGGGUCGGCGACGUCCUCUCGGAUCAGGAGAUCCAGGAGUGCGAGGAGUUGGGCAUACUCGUGGAUCGGGAUGACCAGGGAGUCCUGCUCCAGAUUUUCACCAAACCCAUUGGUGACAGGCCUACCAUCUUCUUGGAGAUCAUCCAGAGGGUGGGUUGCAUGAUGAAGGAUGAGCAAGGGAAGGAGUACCAGAAAGGAGGAUGUGGAGGUUUUGGUAAGGGCAACUUCUCCGAGCUCUUCAAGUCGAUUGAGGAGUAUGAGAAGACUCUAGAAUGCAACAAGACGCAGAUUGCGGCAGAUGCCUAAUCUUAGAAGAAAGGAGGACUCACGUAUACGUGUACACCAACAUGAGGUUGUGAUCUGUAGAACGAUGCGUGCGGGACUUGUCCGCUUGAAUUGAACGCGUGGAUAAGGGUUGGUGGGUUGUUGCUAAUGGUGAUUGUGACGAUUAGGUGGUGUUCAUUGAAUAUUCUGUUCUCCCAAACUCAUAUGUAGAAUGUUCAUCUCCAAAUUUUCUUUCUAUUAAAACGGAUCCUUCUGUCCC